AUGGCAUCCACACACGGAAACCUGGGCCACCUCCUCCCCCUCAACUACAAACGACUCAUCUCAGAAUGGCUGGAAGAAGACUGUCCCAGUUUCGAUUAUGGCGGAUUCGUGGUUGGCGAAUCUGAGGGGGAAGCGAGAUUGUUGGGGAAAAGUGCUGGUGUGGUUGCAGGUGUUCCUUUUUUUAAUGAGGUGUUCUCCCAGCUGGGAUGCACAGUAGAAUGGCACGUCUCAGAAGGCGAAAGCAUCACCCCCAUCAAACAAUGCGCUACUGUCCGCGGCCCAGUGCGCAAAAUUCUGCUCGGUGAACGCGUAGCUUUGAACAUCCUCGCACGCUGUUCUGGUAUAGCCACCAAGUCCGUCCCUCCCCCCUACCGUCCCUUUCUCCCGUCAUUUGAAGCAUUGCUCAACGUAGAUAGGACAUCAUCUCUAGUUCAAACCCUCCGCUCCCACGGCUGGAAUGGCACUCUAGCCGGCACACGCAAAACGACCCCAGGGUUCCGACUAGUCGAGAAAUACGGCAUUCUCGUCGGCGGCGCAGACCCGCAUCGCCACGAUCUGAGUUCCAUGAUUAUGCUCAAGGACAAUCAUGUCUGGGCCUGCGCCAACAACUCUAGCAAUUCUGCUGCUGCUGGUGGCACAAAAGGGGUAACAGAAGAUGCAAUCGCAGCCGCGAUCCCCGCAGCCGUGCACGCCGCCAAAUCGGCCGGCGGGUUCUCGACAAAAGUCGAAGUCGAAGUGCGCAGCGUCGAAGAGGCGAAUGCCGCUAUUGGUGCGGGCGCGGAUGUGAUCAUGCUCGACAAUUUUACGUCCGAGGAAGUCAAGAAGGCGGCUACGCAACUCAAGACUGAGUGGGCAAGUAAGGGAAAGCCGAGAGGCACGUUUCUGGUUGAGGUUAGUGGUGGGUUGACGCCUGAUAAUGCGGCCGGGUUUGUGUGUGACGAUGUGGAUAUUCUGUCGACGAGUUCGAUUCAUCAGGGAACUGGGAUUGUAGAUUUUUCGUUGAAGGUUUCGCUGCGGUGA